AAGGUUCGCCUUCCCUCUCCUUUGUGGGCGAGUGCUGCGAAAUGCAAAGAUCUCACCUCGCUUACCCGGUCGAUUAUUGGAAUAGCAUACUUAAAGCGCAAAGGCCGUUUUGAUCGGAACUCUGCCUGCGUUUUUUCCUCGUCCUCUUUGGUUGCGAGCACACAUGCAGCUGUGUCUCAUCAUCGGGGGUCUCUCCAUUAGUACAACUGAAGCUCGUGUUUAUUUAAAGGCACUCUGCAUAGGAGAUAGAGGUAUACAUUUCCAAGAAGUGCAUUCUGAAAAUCAAGAUGGCAUCAGAUUUGAGGCCACCUCCAUAUUAUGAAAACUAUGCUUAUCAGCCAGAAAACCCUACUGCACCCAGACACACCGGUGGCUUUUAUACGUAUCAUACAUCUCCAUAUUGUUCAGCAACAGUACCACAUUAUAUCCCAAGAGUUUACACUCAACCCUCAGCUCCAGCAGCUACAAUAGUGCAUCCUGUUUCUUCAUCUGGAAAAAUCUGUACAGCAAGAGUUAGGAAAGUCCUGUGCCUCAGUCUGUCAGUUAUAAUUCUGCUAGUAGGAGCUGCAAUUGCAGGCAUCUUCAUCUGGUACUUUGUGGCGGACAGUUGUUUUGGAUCCAAAAUACGGUGUGGCACUCUAUCAAGGUGUGUGUCACCAUCUCAGUGGUGUGACGGAGUGAACGAUUGCCCUAAUGGUGAAGAUGAAAAUCGUUGUGUAAGGCUCUAUGGACCAAGAUUUCUCCUGGAAGUCUAUUCAUCAGAAAGCAAAGAUUGGUACCCUGUAUGCUCUGAUGACUGGAAUGAUAACUAUGGGAAGACAGCCUGUGUCGACAUGGGAUAUAACAAGGACACUUAUUUCAACAGCAAGGCAACAAAACCCAUAUCUCCAUUUACAAGCUUUAUGAAGCUAAAUACAAGUGCUGAGGAUACAGAUCUCUACAAGAAACUGUAUAACAGCAAGCUGUGUUCAUCAGGAAAUGUGGUCUCGUUAAGAUGCAUAGAAUGUGGCUUGUCAACAAAAAAACCAAAUCCUCGUAACAGAAUUGUGGGUGGAAAUGUAGCUGCACAUGGGGAAUGGCCAUGGCAAGUCAGCCUUCACAUUCAAGGAAAUCAUCUGUGUGGUGGGUCUAUUAUCACUCCUGAAUGGAUUGUUACAGCAGCUCACUGUGUAGAAGGGUCACACUCCCAACCAUCCUACUGGAAAGUUUAUGCUGGAAUUCUGCUUCAGAAUGAAAUGCUCCGUUCAAGGGGUCACAGAGUAAUCAAAAUAAUCUCUCAUCCGAACUAUGAUUCAGACUCUAAAAACAAUGAUGUCGCUCUUAUGAAGUUGCAGUCUCCUCUGAGUUUUGAUGAAGUUAUAAGGCCAGUUUGUUUGCCCAACUCAGGGAUGAUGUUUCAGCCUGCCCAGCACUGUUGGAUAUCCGGAUGGGGAGCACGACGUCAAGGAGGGAAUACCUCAAAGGACCUCAAUGCUGCGAUUGUACCUCUGAUAGAAUCCUCUAGAUGUAAUGCUAGACAAGUUUAUAAUGGACACAUUCUGCCUACUAUGAUUUGCGCUGGUUAUCUCGAAGGAAAAGUGGAUUCCUGUCAGGGCGACAGUGGUGGUCCAUUGGUAACUGAGAAAAAUGCCCUUUGGUGGUUAGUAGGUGACACAAGUUGGGGAACAGGCUGUGCGAGUGUAAAUAAACCUGGAGUUUAUGGUAAUAUGACUCAGUUCACAGACUGGAUUUACAGAAAUAUGCAAGCAAACACAUGAUGAUGGUCUGCCCUGCAUCCCUUCCAUGAAUGAAGAAUCUUUUUCACUAGUGAUGGAUCUUUGUAAUUCAUUUUAAUAAAUACCUUUUAAAAAGAAUUCUAAGUCAUCAGGUUGGCUGGUAGCAUUUGCACUGACAUCCAGCUUAAUAAAGGUUUAAUGAAAACCUCUCUACUUAAUGUGAUGCCUAUCAGCCCUUUACUCAAACUUAUUAUUGAACUUUCAUUUCUUAGAAUUGCCAGUCAGGUUUUUUAAAUUCUAAAUUAUAAUAAACAAUUUUGUAAAUUGCAGUUUUCUAUAAAUGUAUCAAGAAUGUUACUUGUUUUCUUCAUGUUAUUUAAUGUUGUAUAUCCAUAACACAAGUGUCUGGGCUGGUGGCUAGUCCAGGAUUUCAGGGGUGGUGUGAAAAACCACAUGGAUAAGAUGGCAGACGAUUUUUCUCCAAAGUACCAUUGAGAGAAGGAAAAUUCUUCAGAUAUAUAUGUUCAAGUAUUUAAAAUUCCUCAUGCUCAUUAUGGGUGUGGUGCUGCUUCUGAGAUCAUGUGUGUGUGUGUGUGUGUGUGUGGAUAUAUAUAUAUAUAUAUAUAUAUAUAUAUAUAUAUAUAUAUAUCCAUUUUGAUAUAUAUAUAUAUCCAUUUUGAAUGGAACUUCCCCUUCUGUGAUGUUAAAAAUAACCAAUUAGUGUGACUUCCAAAAUAGUGAAGACCGUGAACUCUGAUUUGUGCUGUUGUUGAACAAGGCAUUCCAGAAUUGUGUGCCUGCAUGAGUAACUUCCUUAGCAUUCAAAAGGCUGGAAUAAUGGUUGUUUUGGCUUGCGUUCGAUGCAUCUGCAGGCAAAGAAAGCAGCAAAUAAUGAAGAAUUGAUGGCUUGUCAACUGCUUAUGAAAGUAAUACCCAUUUAAUCAUGUAACUACCUCAUUUUAUAAACGUAUUUGUGCUGAGCAAAUCUUGUUUUUUAACUGAUUCAUUUAUAUAAGGUUUUUUAAAUGAAGGCAGAAAUUAACUUGUUACCACAGACCUAGACAAUCUGAUUAGCACAAUAAUAAUAAACCUGUUGAACUAGGCUUUGCUUUGAAUGUGAUGGACUGAAACAACAGUGCUGCUACUGACAUGUACUUCAGUGUUCCUGCUGUGGGAAGACUUCAACUUUUGCUGAUAUAAUAUGUACUCAAGUGCCAUUGAAAUGAUAACUUAUUUUAAAGUAGACAGAGUAAUUGAAUUUAAGGCGAACCUAUACAAAUGAUGCAUAAUUGUUAGAGGGGUUUUGCUGUUAUUUUAAGUAGCGAGUGUUUGUGCUACAGCAUUUGGAACAGAAUUGUAUCUUGCAUUCAAAUAAACUUUUUUGCUAAUUUUU